UGGAGCACCUGGAAAUCAGUCAUCGGUUGCGCUUCAACAGUGGGGCUCAAACCAAAUGCUGAGCAAUGCGGACUACGAAGCAGUGGAAAUAAUACAGAUUUUCUUUAAGAAACCGACGUAUUCAGGGCUCCUUUAAGGCUUAAAGACCGCACGCAUUCAUCUCAUGACAGUCUUUUUUUCUGGAAUCAGGGGAGAACGGACUAUAUCCUGAGCUGGGGCCGGCCCUGGUGCCUGGAUAUUUUUUCCUGAGAAAACGCUUACCCCACAUCCGUGUUCCUAUGCUCAGCCACAGUGCAAUGGAAUACGAAAAAGAAAACAAUGAAUGCUUGAUUUGAUGCCGUUUCUUGUACCAGUAACUAUUUUCUAGUUAUUUCACCCUUCCCGCAGCCACGGCCUGUCUACGGACUCGCUAUGGUGGACUCGAACGCUACGAGGAAGACUUUUGUAGUCCCGGACAUAAAACCUUUGGAUCUGUACGAUACUACCAGGGCAAAAAUAUGCGCAAGUGUGGGAUGGCUCUUGGCUAAAUCUUACGGCAAUGCAGAGCAUGUUCCUGUGGAGCUGCGGGAGCCGUUCUAUCGUGACCAGUACGAUCAGGAGCACCUGAAACCCCCCGUCACCCGCCUCCUGCUCUCCUCUGAGCUCUACUGCCGCACCUACGACCUGCUGCAUGGGGGCCAGGGGGGCCCUGGGGCUCCCAAGGACAAUUUGACCCUGCUGCAGCUCCUCGCCAACAGGGGCGUGGCCCCCAAAGACCAAGAUGUCCCUGUCACCGACAUGGACCUCCGGCAUAAACCAAUAAAAAUGAGUGCCCAUCUGACCUUGAUUGAUGCCCUGAUGUUGGUGGGUGCUAUGGAGACAGUGAGCGCGGUAAAGACGUCUGGCGCGUUGGCGGGGGAAGAGAUUCUGGGUGGAGUUGGUGGAGCCAGCAUGGAGAAUGCCCUACUACACUGGGUGAAUGGGCUGAAUGAGAGGCUCAGGGAGCGGGUGGACGGUGUACAGGGUGACCCAUCUCAGGACUGCACGGAGCCACACCCUGUUCAACCUUCAUGUCCUACUCGCUGGUACUGGAAACUUCUCCCUAUCCGCUACAGAAAGGACAAGAUGCUUUCUAAACAGAAGCCUACAUUUCCAGUGGUAACUGAAGUUCGAGACCUGUCAAGUGGCUGUGCAAUGGCUGCUGUUAUCCACUACUACUGCCCAGGCCUGCUAAGCCUAGAGGAUGUUUGCAUGAAGGAGGCCAUGGCGGUGGCAGACAGCCUGUAUAACCUGCAGCUGAUCCGAGAGUUCUGUGACAGCUGUCUGAAGAGCUGCUGCCCCCUGGUGUUGGAGGACCUGCUCUACACCCCACAGGAGCUCCACGUCAACAUACUAAGUUUUCUGGCAGAGCUGCUGGAUUGGUUCGAGCUGCGGAGGCCGGAGUUUGUUCAGCCACUGAACCCCAUUGCGACGAAGCCAACCAGUCGGAACAACAACAGCAGCUCUCCCUCUAUCUUUAAGAAGCCAUUCCUGCCCAUCUCCUCGCCAGUGUUACCAGGUCCAGUACCAGGGUCUCUUACUCAGUCUGCCUCCAUGUCUCAUGUAGAGGGAGUUGGGAGAACGUGGAACAAGAAGCCUUUCAGUCGUCCCCUGUCCUCCGCCGUGUCCUUCAGCAUCCCCUUCGGCCUGGACAGCGACGUGGAAAUUGUGAUGGGUGGAGCCAUCACCCGCUCUGUCAGCUCGGACGAUGUGGCCCCUGGCCGGACCCCCGCAAGGACUCCGCCAGAGGACCUCAGCCACCUGCUCAGCAAGCCCACUGGCCAGGCCUCCAGCGCCCCAGGUUCCCACCGGCCCUCCUGGGUCACCAACGGCUCAUCUGUGGUGCCCAUGCGGCUGGAGGAGAACGGCCUAGGGGAGGGGGAGGGGGAGCUGCCCACCAUUGAAGAGGCCCUGCAGAUCAUCCACAACGAGGGAAAGUUGGAGCCCCGACUUCACCCCGAUGGGGCAGCUGACGGAUUCUACCUACACUCCCCUGAUGACCCGGCCAGCGUCCGACACAAUGGACCUGUCCCUCACCACACUAACCUCGUGCCCCUCAGCUGCUCCGCCCCAUCCCGCUCUGGGAUGAUGUACCAGCCCCACCAACAUCGCCGUGCUGGUGGCGAGACUCAGCGACCCAGAGAGCAGCACUCCCCCCGUACCCGACACACCUCGGAAAGCUCGCGAGACGAUGACUCUGUGUUGAGGGAUGGGAGCGUGGAUUCCGAUGCUUCCGAAGACCUCCUCGUCCCCAAGGCCCAGUCCACCCCGGCCACGCCUGCUGGCCAUGCCGGGAGCAGAGGUGGGGAGGCGCCGGACAGUGGGGUGAAGAUGACCAGCUUUGCGGAACGCAGGAAGAAACAGGCUAUAGUCGGGGAGUUGCCUAAAAGUGUCAGCACAAGCGAGCCCUCAACCCCGGCAGCAGCCGUGCCCCAGAAGUCGACAGAGGAGAGCCCCAGCAAGAGCCCAGCGCUGAGCACAGAAAUGUCAGAGCUUGGGGCCCGACUGGAGGAGAAGAGGAAGGCUAUUGAAGCCCAAAAGAAACGCAUUGAGGCCAUCUUUGCCAAGCACCGGCAGAGGCUGGGCAAGAGCGCCUUCCUGCAGCUGAAGAAGGAUCAGGAAGACGAGGAAGGUGAGGUCAGCAGCCUCUCUGCUGAGGAGGACCUUGGGGAUCUGUCACUGGAGGGGAGGCUAGCUCAGAUGGAGGAAGUGGAACCACAAGAGGUAAAGGGUAAACUGCGCCCCCCGGUGGUUCCCGACAAACCGCGCCCCCCGGUGGAUCACGAAAAACCACGCCCCCCGGUGGAUCACGAAAAACCACGCCCCCCGGUGAUUCACGACAAACCGCGCCCCCCGGUGCUUCAGGAAGGGAACAACAAACCCCCAUCCCACCACGACAAUAAACAUGUGUCUUUCCCCGAGGUUUGGCCGGACAGAGUGCAGGGAGUGAAGGGCGAAGGUGCGGCUGGACUGGCCCGGGAGAAGCCUGGGGGCAUAGUGAAUCCACCAGCACCACUGGGCGAUUACAACAACGCUGUGUCCAAGCUGAACGCGGCACUGACUUCACUGCAGAGUGACAUGCAGCGCCUCGCUGAACAACAGCACCAGUUCAUCAGGAAGAAGCCUGACACCAGCCUAAAAUCCUGGGUCAUCCCACCCAGUCCCAUAUCCUCCGCCCCUCCCUCUGCCCGCAUGUCCAGGGGGUCAUCUCCCCGAGACCUCGCCUCUGCUUCCUCUUCCCCCUCACCCUCCCGUCGCAGCGCCGCCAGUCCAGCCAGGAUGCCCAAGUCACCCCAUGUUCAGCGCCGUGCCCAGUCGGUGCCCCCGAAAAGCCCCAAGCACCAGGCAACCCACUACCAGCACGCCCGCCCCCAGGACCUGAAAGUGCCCAGCUUGUCGCGUGUCCUCACCCCCCCGCAGAACGUGGACACCAUCCCCCACCUGCGGCGCGUCUCCCCCUGGCAGUGUCGGGAUCAGAACUCCUCCAGCUUCAACAUUGGUUCUGCCCCCAGCCCGUCCUCCGCAUCCACGCCAGUCCCCUCUGAUGGUCAAACCCCCACCGGGCGUUCCCUGUCCCUGGACGACCACCUGUCUGACGUAGGCUCAAACGAGGACCAGAGCGUCUUCAGCAUGGACCUGGAUGCCGCCGCCUCUCAGAGGAGUGACCGGCGUGGUGGUGGAAGCUCGGGGGCGCCCUCAGAAUGUUCCUUUGAGAGCGACGUCCCGGCGGCUGCGGUGUUGAAUGGCAAGCGCAGCAGCCUGAUAGAGAUCUCUCUGUCGACUCUGCGUGGGGACCAGGAUGACCUGAGCGUCCUGGAUGACUCCAUGAGCGACGUUACAGAACCGGGGUUGAAGGAAGGAGUUGGCUUCUUCUUUAAGGAUGACACGGUGCGACCAGAGGAUGAGAUGGCCCAGAAGAAAGCAGCCCUGAUGGAGAAACAGCAGAAGAGGGCGGAGGAGAUGAGGAGACGCAGGCUGGAGCAGGAGGAGAAGAAAGAGAAAGAGCAUUCUAUUCGUCCAGAGUGGUUUAACAUUGAGGGGUGGGGAGACAAGUCCAGUGUUGGAGAUGAGGAACGGCCCCGCGCCCCCGGCGACCCCCCUCCCGAGGCCCCCUCCCAGCGGAGAGACACCUUCACGCGGCAGGAGUACGAGCGGAGACAGCAGCUGAAGAUCAUGGAGGACCUGGACAAGGUGCUGCGGCAGAAACCCACCACGGUCCGCGGCGUCAAGAAGCAGAGGCCCAAGACCGUGUUCCGGGAUGAUUCCAUGCUCUCCCGCAGCCCGGCCAAGGGAUUCAUGGGGUCCAAACUCAACAAGGUCUAUUCCCACUCCACCAUGAACCUGUCUUCCGUGGCCAAUGAUUCUGGGAGCAGCGGGACGCUGACCGUCAGAAAAUCUCCAAGUCGGUCUCACUCUCCCGCGAGGCCUUCCUACAGUCGCUCCCACUCCCCAUCACCGGGACGAAUCGCCCAUCAGAACGGCGAGAGGGACUGGGAGAACGCUUCAACGGUCUCAUCUCCUUCCUCCAUCCCAGAAUACACUGGGCCCAAGCUGUACAAGGAGCCCAGUUUCAAGUCCAACAAGUUCAUCAUCCACAAUGCUAUUUCUCGCUGCUGUCUGGCUGGCAAGGUCAACGAACCACAGAAAAACAAGAUUGUUGAGGAGAUGGAGAAGUGCCAGGCCAACCACUUCCUGAUCCUAUUCCGUGACUCCAGCUGCCAGUUCCGGGCAGUCUACACCAUGAACCCGGAGACCGAGGAGAUGGUGCGUCUCACAGGCAUCGGGCCACGCGUCAUCAGCACCGACAUGGUGGAGUCUAUCUACAAGUACAACUCGGACCGCAAACAGUUCACCACCAUCCCGUCCAAAACCAUGUCCAUGAGCGUUGACGCCUUCACCAUCCCGGGUCACCUGUGGCAGAGCAAGCGCCCGGUCACCCCAAAGAAGCUGGGGACACCCAAAUAAUAACACUGGCCUUUCAGUGAAGGGGGCGGGGUUUGGUGAAAGGAAGUUAAGGGCCCCUCCUCCUUCACCCAAUCAACACCCCUAGCACUUUUCUCCUUUCUGUUGGUGCGUCAAAGAGUGGGUUGUGGUGUUUUGGAGACUUAAUUCAGUAAGCCUGGAGUAUCUAAAAUGAAUGAAUGACACUGGCAUCAAUUCAAAAUGCCUGGCCCUUUAACCCGGUCCAGCCUUCUGGUCUCUGCCACAUUAAGACCAACCUGGGUCCUAUUUACCAAGAAGCAAACAGAGACGAGUAGGGACUGUCUGAAUUUGUCAAAUGAGAAGUGCUACUUUUUGUCGUUGUUCAUUUCCAAUUCAAAAUGGUUUGCUAGGGUGUGCACUAAUGAAUAUGAACCUGGUUGGCUCUAUAUGUGGGGACAUUGGUACAUGUCACAAUCAAUCACCACUACUGCAGCCAUUUAGGGCCCUGUCUGGAACCCACAGUGUCUCUGAUUGGGCCGCAAGACCUGAUUUAUGUAGAUUGUAAAAAAAAGAAUGAUGACGACAUAAACAAUGAUGGGAUUUGACUGGAACUGUCUGGAUGAACUGGGCUUCAUCAGAUCUACAGGGUCCCUCUUCCCUGGGUCCCUGACUCCCCCAUCCUGAUGCCUCUCCGACUCCUCCCAGGUCCUAUUGCCUCUCGCUGACUGCCCCCAGUCUGUUCUACUGCCUCUCCCUGACAAUCAAUCUCCCUCUCUUUCCUUUCUGUCAUCUGUUCUUUCUUGUCAUUUAAUUCCAGGGCUAUUUCUCCACCCAUCUACUGCCUCUGAAGCUGAAUGAAAUCCUUAGCAAACUGCUCUCUCAUGAAUGUAGGACACACCCUAACCACUCGUCUCCCCUGGGUGUGUCACCAUUGGCCAGUCGAGUAUAGCGAGGUACAGUAGCAGGCGGGUCCACCGAGGGCUCCAGCACUCUGAGUGGCUGCCGUGCCUGUUGGUCAGAGCGGUAUUAAGGACUCCGCCCAACUCCUACUGUACUUCAGCUGUAGACAUCUGGAUGUUUUUUUUUUAUAUCGCCCAACUCCAACUAUACUUCAGCUGUAGACAUCUGGAUGUUUUUUUUUAUAUUGCUACUUUUGACAGUGUGCUUUGGGCCUUUGCGAGCAGAAUCAAGAACUGAACUUGAUCCGAUUUUCUCUAUUCGUCUUACCUUGCUUUAGUUUGUUUCCUGAGAAUAACGCCAUACUUAAUGAAUGAAACUGGAAAAAGUGACCGGGUUCUUUGCUUAGCGUUACCCUGUAUUCCCAAUUGUGUAGAGAGACAAAGAUAGAAAAUGAAUGAGGAUUUAAUAUAUAUGAAUGCUUUUUAUUGCUGAUUUCUUUCUUUUUUGACAAUGAUUUGUACAAACAAGCUGAACUUUGUAAGCUAUGAAUAAGCUAGCCUGCUGCUUUAUUACUAGUGCGGUGUGUGGGAGAACAGCGUGAAAGAGAGAAUGAGAAGAAACUGUCAAGAGUCAUGCCGAAUUCUCCACAAUCUAGGGACAAAUAAACCCUAAAGGACAAUAUCUAACAGGUUGUGUCAUUUAAGAUAAUAGUCACACACACACACACACACAUACGGUGUGUUUUACCUAUGGAUGAAGGACUGUAUAAACCCAGGUCUGCAGGGCGUUGUGUGUUUCUCUCUGAGGUGAGCCAGCUGUCCACUCCCCAGUUCUGUUUCACAUCACUUACUGCCAACCACGGCAACAUGUUCUUAAAAUUCAUAUGUGAAAUUCAUUUUGUUUGACAAAAAAAAAUGCAUUUAUCAAGUGUACGGCUGACAGUGGAAAUGUAGGUUGGUGUGUGUGUGUGUGUGUAUGCGAGCAUGUGCGUGUGCACGAUUUAUGUAAUAUCUGUUUGUAGAAGAGGUGUGUGUGUGUGCGUGUGAUAGUUAAUCUAUAACUGGAUUCUGUGCAAUUCGUCUGUAGGCAGUCAGUCAGGUAUUCCCAAGGUGAAUGUAUGGGGUAAACUUUAGAAGGAUGAUUUGAUGUUUAGUUUCAGAUUCUAAUAUAUUAUUUAUGUUCGUUCUUCGGUUAAGGUGGUGAGUCACAUGUUAAUUUCAUAGAAUUUCUGUCUGUCUGAUUAUUUUUUUUUGCCCAGUUACAACCACAUUGAUGUGGAGCAUUGGUGUUGCUUUCAAAAGUUGUUCCUGAUUGCAAAUGAAACGCAGGCAACUGGGCCAGGCUAAUAAAAUCCUUUUACAAAUCGCCA